AUGACCGCCGAUUCGCCCCCAAAGCAAACCCGCCUCCGAAUCGGAGUCGAUGUCGGAGACCCAACGACAUCAGACACCACGAUUGCCGUGGAAUCCGCUAUCCGGGAGGUAAUAGCCCGCGCCAAAGUAGAGCCCACAGCCAUCUCCUCCGUCACCAUUGGGACGACUGCGUUUCUCAAUGCGGUGAUUGAGCGGGAGCGCAGCCGACUCAGCCAGGUCGCGGUUCUGCGCUUGUCGAAGAGUUUCCUACGCGAUGUUAGGCCGUUUAGUGACUGGCCGAUGGAUCUUGCUGAGGCUAUUCGGGGGUAUGUCGGGUAUGUAGAUGGUGGAUUGCAUAUUGAUGGCUCGGAGGAAGCACCUAUCGUUGAGGAGCAGGUUGUGGCUCAGUGUCGUGAGAUUCGGGAGCGCGGGCUGUCGACUGUUGUCAUUGCAGGGGUCUACUCACCCAUUGACCAGGAGUUCCAUCAGGAGGACCGAGUGCGCGAUAUUGUGGCUUGCGAAAUCCCCGGUGCCGAUAUCGUGUGUUCGCACAAAGUCGCAAAUAUCGGCUUCCUUGAGCGCGAGAACGCCUCAAUCAUCAACGCUGCCAUUCUCCGCUUCGCCCGCCAGACCAUACGCGGCUUUCAAGCGGCCAUCCAGAAGCUGGAUCUCCCCAGCCACUGUCCCUUGUACCUAACGCAGAAUGACGGGACGCUUCUGGACGCUGCAUCUGCGGCGCGUGUUCCGAUCCGCACGUUCUCUUCCGGCGUGACCAACUCCAUGCGGGGGGCAGCCUACCUCUCUGGUCUGGCCUCGGGCUCGGAGGAACAAGAAGGGUCGGGCGAAUCCGCCAUCGUCGUGGAUAUUGGAGGGACAACUACGGAUGUAGGCGUUAUGCUUCCUUCUGGCUUGCCACGGCAAGCGUCAGCGUAUGUCUCGGUUGCGGGGGUCAAGGUGAAUUACUCGCUGCCCCAUUUGCACUCCAUAGGCCUCGGAGGUGGCUCCAUCAUCAAGAAAAAUGACAACGGCGACGGUGUCAUACUUGGUCCAGAAUCGGCGGGGCACGAGCUACACCUGUCACUGGCAUUUGGGGGGUCUGUUGCAACAGCAACAGAUGUCGCCGUGGCUGCUGGCCUUGCGAGAGUCGGUACUCGUCCUGUGGCGUCCGAGAAUCUGGAUAAAGGGUUUGUCAGUGAUACCCUCGCGCGUGUCAAAGCCAUGCUCGAGGAAGCAAUCGACACCGUUAAGACAUCCCCAGACCCCAUGCCCGUCUUCCUCACUGGUGGUGGGUCUGUCCUCGCGCCAGAGAAUAUCGAGGGUGCAUCGACGAUCAUACGACCACCCUUCCACGACGUCGCGAAUGCAGUCGGAGCCGCGUGUUCCAAGGUAGGUAGCACGAUUGACAUUAUCCAGAACACAUCCGAGCGGACUAUGGCCGAAGCGACAGAGGACGCGAAACGCAUGGCGAUCGAAAAGGUUGUCUCCGCUGGUGCACUACAGGAAACGGUCUAUAUCGCCAGAGUCGACGUUAUGCCCAUCCCGUACCUUGAUAACCAGGUUCGUUCGGUUGCGACAGCCAUUGGGGACCUUGAUAUUUCCCGUCUCCGUCCAAGUAUCCCACAAGCCGUGGAGGACGACGAUGAGGAAACGCAUUCCGCCUCACCAUCAGCCAUCCCCAUUCCAGACGCAAGAUCAGGCCCUAGUAUUGCAGAAGCAAAAGAGGACCACUGGACCUACCGUCCCAAGGUCCAGCGAAACCCCACCACUGGAAUACCAGAAUGGCACAUCAGCACGACAGACCUCGAAUACAUCGCCGACGGCUGCUACCUGCUCGGCUGCGGCGGGGGCGGGAACCCUGAGGCUGGAAAGCUGCAGCUCCGAGACAUGCUCAGCAACGGACACGGCGUGCGGGUCAUAGACGCACAGUCUCUCGAUCCCGCCAGUGUCGUAUACUGGGGCGGGCGCAUGGGCUCGCCAGCCGCAAUCUCAGAACGCCUGCAGGCACACGAGACGGUUCUUGCCAUGCGUGCGCUAGCGUCGCAUCUCCGCCACACCAAUAGUGAAAACGACGGGACACCCAUGGACGCAAAAUGGCCCUCGAGAUCGGCGGCUCAAACGGACUGGAGCCAUUUCUCUGCGGUUCAACCCGUUUCUUCGACCGGCCCGUGGUAG